GUGGGAAGGCAAAAACAGGAGGCCAGAGAACGAGAAAAACGGCUGUUACAAUGAUUCAGGCUAGAUAUGAUUGUGGUUCAAUGAGGGUAUAAAAUGGUAGCAGCAAUAAGGAUGAAAAAGGGGAGACUGAUCAGGUUGGAGACUACUGAACUUGGGUCUGGUUGGCUGAGUGGGAGGCACGUUGGUUUGCAAAAAGAUUAAGUAUCCGGGUACAUAGGAUAAUACGGCGGGUGCGAGGGAUGCCCUUAGUCCAGAAUUUACGGCAAGGGCUGGCCGAAGGCGGGGCAGAGCGUGGUGAGAAGCUUGAUAAGCCUUCGUGGCGGCGGCUUCAGCAGCUCAACCACCCCUGGCCUUUCUUUUUGCUGUUUCGCCAUGGCGGGCCCAGGCCCGGGCGCGGCUCUAGAGUCCCCUCGGCAGCUGCUGGGCCGCGUGCGCUUCCUGGCGGAGGCAGCGCAGAGCCUCCGCGCCGGACGGCCGCUACCAAAGGCGUUGGCCUUCGUGCCGCGCGAGGUGCUCUACAAGCUUUACAAGGACCCGGCGGGACCCUCGCGCGUGUUGCUGCCGGUGUGGGAGGCGGAGGGCCUGGGGCUGCGCGUGGGAGCCGCGGGCCCCGCCCCUGGUACCGGCUCCGGGCCCCUCCGCGCUGCCCGCGACAGCAUUGAGCUCCGGCGCGGCGCCUGCGUGCGUACUACCGGAGAGGAGCUGUGCAACGGCCACGGGCUCUGGGUGAAGCUGACCAAGGAGCAGCUGGCAGAACACCUGGGCGACUGCGGACUGAACGAAGGCUGGCUGCUGGUGUGCCGACCGGCCGAGGGCGGGGCCCGCCUCGUACCCAUCGACACACCUGACCAUCUUCAGCGGCAGCAGCAGCUCUUUGGCGUGGACUACCGACCUGUGCUCAGAUGGGAACAAGUAGUGGACCUGACAUACUCUCAUCGCCUUGGAUCAAGGCCCCAGCCAGCCGAGGCAUACACGGAAGCUGUACAGAGGCUACUCUAUGUGCCCCCGACGUGGACCUACGAGUGUGACGAAGACCUGAUCCACUUCUUGUACGACCACCUGGGCAAGGAAGAUGAGAACCUGGGUAGCGUGAAGCAGUAUGUGGAGAGCAUAGACGUUUCCUCCUACACGGAGGAGUUCAAUGUGUCCUGCCUGACGGACAGUAAUGCAGACACCUACUGGGAGAGUGAUGGUUCCCAGUGCCAGCACUGGGUACGGCUUACCAUGAAAAAGGGCACCAUUGUCAAGAAGCUGCUGCUCACAGUGGAUACCACAGAUGACAACUUUAUGCCUAAGCGGGUAGUGAUCUAUGGAGGCGAAGGGGACAACCUGAAGAAGCUGAGUGACGUGAGCAUUGAUGAGACCCUGAUCGGGGAUGUAUGUGUCCUGGAGGACAUGACCGUUCAUCUCCCAGUCAUCGAGAUCCGCAUCGUGGAGUGCCGAGAUGAUGGGAUUGACGUGCGUCUUCGAGGGAUCAAGAUCAAGUCAUCUAGACAGCGGGAACUAGGGUUAAAUGCAGACCUGUUCCAGCCAACCAGUCUGGUGCGAUACCCACGCCUCGAAGGCACUGACCCUGAAGUACUGUACCGCAGAGCUGUUCUUCUGCAGAGAUUCAUAAAGAUCCUAGACAGUGUCCUACACCACCUGGUACCUGCCUGGGAUCACACGCUUGGCACCUUCAGUGAGAUUAAGCAAGUGAAGCAGUUCCUGCUGCUAUCACGCCAAAGGCCAGGGCUAGUGGCCCAGUGCUUGCGUGACUCAGAAAGCAGCAAGCCCAGCUUCAUGCCACGCCUGUACAUCAACCGGCGCCUUGCCAUGGAACACCGUGCCUGCCCCUUAAGGGACCCUGCCUGCAAGAACGCAGUCUUCACCCAGGUUUAUGAAGGCCUCAAGCCCUCUGACAAGUAUGAAAAGCCCUUGGACUACAGGUGGCCCAUGCGCUAUGACCAGUGGUGGGAGUGUAAAUUCAUUGCAGAAGGCAUCAUUGACCAAGGGGGUGGUUUCCGAGAUAGCCUGGCAGACAUGUCAGAAGAGUUGUGCCCUAGCUCAGCAGACACCCCUGUGCCUCUGCCCUUCUUUGUGCGCACAGCCAACCAGGGCAAUGGCACUGGUGAGGCCCGGGACAUGUAUGUGCCUAAUCCCUCCUGCCGAGACUUUGCCAAAUAUGAAUGGAUUGGACAGCUGAUGGGGGCUGCCCUUCGGGGUAAGGAAUUCCUGGUCCUGGCUCUGCCUGGUUUUGUAUGGAAGCAGCUCUCUGGUGAGGAAGUGAGUUGGAGCAAGGACUUCCCAGCUGUGGACUCUGUGCUGGUGAAGCUCUUGGAAGUGAUGGAAGGAAUGGACAAGGAGACAUUUGAGUUCAAAUUUGGGAAGGAACUAACAUUCACCACUGUACUGAGUGACCAGCAAGUAGUAGAGUUGAUCCCCGGGGGUGCAGGCAUCAUAGUGGGAUAUGAAGACCGUUCCCGUUUCAUCCAACUGGUGCAGAAGACACGGCUAGAAGAGAGCAAGGAGCAGGUGGCAGCCAUGCAGGCAGGACUGCUAAAGGUGGUGCCACAGGCUGUGCUGGACUUGCUGACCUGGCAGGAAUUGGAGAAGAAAGUGUGCGGGGACCCAGAGGUCACUGUGGACGCUCUACGAAAGCUCACCCGGUUUGAGGACUUCGAGCCAUCUGACACUCGAGUGCAAUAUUUUUGGGAAGCACUGAACAACUUCACCAACGAGGACCGGAGCCGCUUCCUGCGCUUUGUCACUGGCCGCAGCCGUCUGCCAGCACGGAUCUAUAUCUACCCAGACAAACUGGGCUAUGAAACUACAGAUGCGCUGCCUGAGUCUUCAACUUGUUCAAGCACCCUCUUCCUACCACAUUAUGCCAGUGACAGAAGGACCUCUGCACCUGGUGCUGACCAAGUCUCCGUCUCCCUCAGUGCCAAGGUGUGCGAGGAGAAGCUCCGCUAUGCGGCGUACAACUGCGUGGCCAUUGACACUGACAUGAGCCCUUGGGAGGAGUGAGGCGGCACCAGGGGGCAGCCUCGGGCCAGCAGGACCUUGCCUGCACAGGUCCCACUAGGCGGCGCCCAGGGUGAAGACAUGUUCCCUGGACCAGUGGGGUCUGCAUACUCCUGACCUGAGCUGACAUGCUCAGAAAAAGACAGCACGCCCCUGUGUCUGCUUGGAGUGGGGGUGGUGGGUUGACCCUGGUGGCUCAGCCCCACAGACCCACAAGCCCUGUGCGUGCUCGGGCUUGCUUCCCGAGUUGUUCAUCCUCUGUGAGAGGGAAUCCCACAAGCCCAGCACAAGCUGCCAGGCCUGAGCUACUUGAAGGGGGCCUUCUAGCUCCCCACCCCAUGGACUUUACUUCAGUUUUUUGUUGUUGCUUUUUUUUUUUUCUUGGCUCCCCCCACCCCCCCUUUUGCUCCUUGUUUUUCUCUGGCUUCAGCCUGGAUUCAAAACUAAAACCUCUGGAGGGUGGUGGAGGCUCCUCCCCAAACAAGGCAUUGGAGUAAUGGCUAUCCUCUUUGGUCACCUGCCCCAAGAAUGAAGCAGCAGCUAAGCAUCUUCUCACUCACAUACUUGUAUUUUCCUCCUCUCCCUCCAUACCCAAAGUGUGAGCUCUGCCCUCCCUCCAACCCAGUCUCAAACUACACAGUGCCAUCACCUUCUUUGGCUCAGAACCUACAUGUUCUCAACAUUAAAUCACCACCACCAUACCGUAUUCAAUGCUUC